CGCAACGGUCCCGCAGCGGCCAGUGGCGGCGGGCCUUUCAGGAGCGGCGCUACGAAGCUGGGCUGUCUGCUGGGAGGGGUUGUUGGUGUGUCGCCGCUGCUGCUGCUGCCGCCGGCUGGCGUGGGUUGGCUCGCGACGCCGCUCGGGUGAGGGGAGGCUACAGCAGAGAAGCUGUGUGAUGUUUGAGCAAUGGCAGUGAAUGAGGGUACUACUAUCUUAAACUCUGCCUACCUGGCCGUGGAAUACAUAGACUCUUUCUUACCUGACAAUCCGUUGCAGCAACCGUUUAAAGAUGCUUGGAACUAUAUGUUGGAUAAUUAUACCGAGUUCCAGAUUGCAACCUGGGGAUCACUUUUAGUUCAUGAAAUUUCAUACUUUUUGCUCUGUCUACCUGGAUUUGUCUUUCAGUUUAUACCUUAUAUGCAAAAGUAUAAAAUUCAACAGGAUAAACCAGAAACCUGGGAAAAGCAGUGGAAGUGUUUGAAAACGCUUCUCUUCAACCACUUCUUCAUUCAGCUGCCUCUCAUAUGUGGCACUUACUAUUUCACAGAAUAUUUUAACAUUCCUUAUACUUGGGAAAAGAUGCCAAGAUGGUAUGUUCUGCUUGCUCAGUGCCUUGGAUGUGCGGUGAUUGAGGAUGCCUGGCACUAUUUCCUGCAUAGACUCUUGCAUCACAAGAGAAUAUACAAGUACAUCCAUAAAGUGCAUCAUGAGUUUGUAUCUCCAUUUGGGAUGCAAGCAGAGUAUGCACAUCCCCUGGAAACACUGAUCCUUGGAGCUGGCUUUUUCAUUGGAAUUUUAGUUUUCUGUAACCAUGUGGUUUUUCUGUGGGCAUGGGUAAUAUGUCGCUUGAUGGAAACCAUUGAUGUACACAGUGGCUAUGAUCUACCUCUGAACCCUCUGCAUCUAAUACCCUUUUAUGCUGGAGCUCGUUUUCAUGAUUUUCAUCACAUGAAUUUUAUUGGUAAUUAUGCUUCAACCUUCACAUGGUGGGACAGAAUCUUUGGUACAGACUCUCAGUAUAUUGCCUUCAAGGAAAAAGGGAAGCAGCAGUCAGACAAGAAGGUUGACUAAAUCACUCACUCAUACUACCACAAAUACAAACUGCUGCCAUCUCUUCUGGGCUAAAACUGGUAAUUUAACACUUGAUCACAGAAUAACGCAAUAUUUUGCUUUUCAAAAAGAAAAGCAAAAUUUAAACAUGUAUCUUGUACCUUGGCUAUUAAGUGGUAAGGAAAGCCUUUAACUAUCUUAUGGUAUCUUCCUAACUGGAAUGCAUUUCUAUUUUAUAUGUGAGUAUUGCAUAUAUAUUUUAAUUACAUAUUUAAAGAUGAAGCAAAAAAAGGCAAACUACUUGAAAACUUGUCAUUUUUUUGAAGGUUUUUACUACAUUUCAAGAAUGUCUAUAUAAUGUUGCUCUAUUUGGAUUCAUGUAGAACUCUAUCUAAUGCACUGAAAUUGGACCUUUUACUUUUUUUAAUUGCAAUAUCAAAUACAGCAAACACUGAACUGGUUGGUACUAGCACUGUAUUUAUAUCUUAAGCAAAUGGAUACACUUAUUUAGAAACUAGAACAACUCUUGAUUUUAAAAAGCUUGGUCAGGCCAUUUUAUAAACUGAAAAUAAUUCAACUGUUAAUUCCCGAACAGUUAGGUAUACCUGGACUUUUUGUAGGAACAUUUCUGGUCUGACUUUGACAAGUAGAAAAGGAUACAGAUUUUUUUUUUUUUUUUUUUACUUCAAGAGUCUUUCUUGCUGCUCUUUGAGGUUGCUCUGUCAGUGUACCUAGCAUUUAUAUUAUAUUCCCCUCUGUAUUUGUAACUGCUGAAUGAAUUGUUGCUAUAUUUGCACUGUGGCUGACACAAUAAAUGUGAUUUUGGUUUGA